AUGGCUGCACCACACUACCGCAAAGUCGAGCUACAAUCUCCAGCUGAUUUCACCUAUUUAUACGCCAACACGGUCGCGCUUUCCCGGCAAAAAUUGGACCUGAAUCUACCCCCUUCCGCAACGAACGAUGACAAGCCAGACCCGAUGCGCGAGCGCGUGCGGGAAUUGGUUGACGAGUACAUAACCCGCACAUUCACAACAGCCUCGUCCUCAAUCAGCAUCAACGGACUAGACUCCUCAUCACCCGCCUUCCCCUUCCCCUCAGCCUUCACCGCACCAGAAACAGUCGAAUACGAACCCUUUGACUCAGACCUCGCCUCGCGCGUAAGCACUCUCUACGCCCAACUAGAAUCCCUCACGACGACCGUCGCCCAAUUACGUCGCGAAGCGCCCCGGAAAGCAGCCAAGGCUUACGCAGCUCAGUUGGCGGGGUUAAUCGAAGAGGAGAGCAAGGAGGAAGACGACCGCCAGGACGAGAACGAGGAUGAGAAUUAUGGUGCAGAGGGUCCAGACGACACGCAGAACACAAACCCCGAUGCUAUGGAUGUAGACACCGAAUCCGGAGCGGCAUCUACGAAACGCCAGCGGCCCCGUCGAGCCCGUCCCAAUCCAGCGUGGAAAAUCGACGUCCCGCUCGGCACGGACGAAGAAGUCGAUCGCUGGCGGAACGGGGAUAUGGCCGAGGUAUACGAGAAUGCGUUACGGACGCUGCAGCGAUUGCAGGGUGAAGGGGAUAGUGAGGGGGGAGGGCAAGCUGGCUCUGAGGGGAAUGCGUUGGCGACGACGGUGGGGAAGGCUGAGAGGGCAGGGCGGGCAGCUGAGGUUGUGGAGAGGAUGUGA